AUGGAGUUUUAUCUGGAGAUCGAUCCUGUCACACUGAAUUUGAUUAUUCUGGUUGCUAGCUAUAUUAUCUUGCUGUUGGUAUUCCUGAUCUCCUGUGUGCUGUAUGACUGCAGGGGAAAGGAUCCAAGUAAGGAGUAUGCCCCCAAGGCUCGACGUCCAUCCCAGCCACCUUUCCAGCUAGUACUGAUGCAAACGGAACCUCCCAAUACUCAGUGGGCCAAGGAAAGCCUUCCUUCCCUCGAGAUUAAGGACCUAGCAGGAAAAAGGACCACUGUAGUCUAAUCAAGGAUCUGCCUGUGCGUAUGGAAAAUAACAGCAAGGAUCAGUCUGUGGUUCCUGCAAUGAAUGCUGAGUACGAUAGGCAAGAA